AACAUGGUUAUUGCUGCUCCAGCUACUAUGGAGGAGGGUAGAAUUCUUCUGUUGGGUAAUGAGACAGAUAUUUUACAUUCAGCAUUUACAUUUCCCCUUAAUGAGGGCGGCAAACGUGUCGAUCAUUAUGCUUAUGCCCAAAUUUUGACACAGCUAGGACUGGAUGAGGUUCAUGUGUUGGCUCUAUUAGCAACAACAAGUUCGAAUGUCUCGAGAAAGGCUAUUGAGCUCCUACAAGAAAAUAUGCCUUCAGGACACGAUAUGAACUCCCUCUCACAAUAUCUGACCGUUAGUUUUCGCCAAACUUUAAUGGAGACUGGUGAUGCUCUUCUUAUUGUAUGUGACCGUCGUGAUUCUGAACUUGGGAUUGGAAUGGAUGAUGAAUAUUUUGUACAAUUUUCUAAACGACAUCACGCAAACGCUGAAAGAAUUAGUGCUUGGAUGCAUGAUGAUCGUCAACGGCCAAAAGAAGUUGGUCAGAAUCAGCUUGGUUUCUUUCUUAUGGAAAAGGAAAAGGCAAAAUGGCUUUCUACAGUUGAAAUUAAGGACGAGGGGGUUUCUAGUGAUCAAGAAGGCAAUCUUGUGCCAAUUUCUCUUUCCAAUUUUGUGUUAUCUCUUCAAGGCCCAUUUCAACCUUUAAGCAAUUAUUAUGCAUUUACAUUUGAAAUGAAAGGAUGUUUUUAUCGUUCUGUUGAGCAUUAUGUCUAUCAACGACUUUUUGAAGCUUUACAUCUUCCUGAGGAUGAAAUACUGAAAAUUCGAACAACUGUCAAGCCUGUUGAUAUCGAUGAAAACGAAUUGGAAUAUAAAUAUGCACGUCUAGAUCGUUGGAGACAAUCAGCAAUGAAAUAUAAAAUAACAAAAAAUGAAUAUUUACAAAAACUUUUAUUAAGUACAGGAAAUGCUUUUUUACUUGAAACUACUCCAGAGGCUGAUACUCAAUGGGCAUGCGGAUCAGAUGAAUUAGAAUAUCAGCAUUUAUUAAGCAAAAAAUAUAUAACUCCACAAUUAUUAUUGCAAUGGCAAUCUAGUCGGACGCAUCGACCUCCUGCUCUUUCACAUUUAGGAGCGAAUAAAACAGGACUAUUAUUAAUGGAAUUGAGAACAAAAUUAGCAUCACAAACUACACAUAGGAUUCCAUUAAUUACCCCUCUGACUUCGAGUGUUUUGCGUUCUUCAGUCUCUAAUCAUAUGAUCUGUUUUAGUCCAGAAUCUGUUCUUCACCCCUUUUAUCCAGUAGAUAUAAAAGACGAUGAAUCUACUGCUGUGUUUCCGUCAGCUGUACAUUUAGCUGCACAAGAAGCUAUUGAAUUUUUGGAUAUAAACGAAAGUAAUGCUGUUUGGAUAAUGGAACCUAGAGAAGGACCUGAAUGCUGGGAAAGGUUACAUAGAGUAAUAUGUGAUUAUAUGCAUCUACCUUUGGAAAUGAUACAACAAUGGUAUCAAGAAGAGAGGCAAAAUGUUCUAAAAAGGGCAAUGAAAAUGCAAUUUGAACAACAUCCAAUGCUUUUACGUGAUGCAUUAUUAAUAAGUUGUUCCCGUUUUUCUUCAAUUGAAGCAGAAUUACAUAUUGGAGUAAGAGAACGUGAUUUACGACUUUGGUUAUUUCAUGUUCAACAAGAUACUAAACAAUUAAUGGAUAUUUGCCUUCGGCCAUUGGCUUUCCGUCCACCAUAUAUUGGAGGAAAUAGACUAGGAUUUUUGUUGAUGGAACUUCGGAGAGAAUUUAUUUUGUCUGGUGUUUUUCCACAUCAAUUACCUGAAAUGUCUCAAAAUGUUGAUAUAUUACUGGGAUCUGAAUCGCCAAUGGAGAAUUAUUCAGUGACUGCCCCGUUUUCUAUUCUUGAUGAAAUUAAUUUUCGUGCAAUUUGGGCUAACCCAUAUUUGUUAAUGUUAAAACAACGGUUGGAAGAAGAAGAAGGUAGUAGAUCCGAAUCUUCAGAAUUUUCGGCUGAACAAUGGGAAAAGGCUGCAAUGUCUAAAAAACAGUCAGCAAUGUUAAUUUCAAGAGAUGAACCCCAAAUAAAUACAUUUUUUGAACGCCUUUUCAUUGGUAAUCAAACAAAAGAAAAUGAUGCUCCUAUUGAAAAUGGUAUAAAAAUAAAUGGAAUUUAUCACUCUCAAACAGAUUUGCCUGGUAUUGAUGAAAUGCCAAUUGAAAUGUUUCGAUCGAUUUAUAUAAAGGUUUAUUAUUGUUUUUAUUUUCAAAAUAAUUUUUGA